AUGCAAAGUAUCGCGAUCAUCGGCGCAGGUGUGACGGGCAGCGUCGCCGCGCACAGGUUGCGCAACCUGGGUUAUUCAAUCACGGUAUUUGAUAAGAGUCGGGGUGUUGGCGGGCGUAUGGCUACGCGCAGAUCUACCGCGGGUGAAUUUGACCAUGGUGCUCGCUACUUCACCGCGCAGACCAAUGAAUUUGUGCAGGCAUUAUCCUCAGCGCCCGUGCAAGUCUGGCAGGAAGCUGACAAACACCACAAAGCCAGUUGCUAUGUUGCCGCACCAGGACAGAAUCAGCUGGCUAAAUACUGGUUGGAUGACACCCCGACGCAACUGAACUGCAGAAUCGAUCAACUGCGACAUACUUCUGCUGGCUGGCAACUGAUCGAUGAUAAAACCCAAACGUUUGAACAUUUUGACGGCGUGUUGCUGGCGAUCCCGGCACCCCAGGCACGCGACCUGCUGGACAAUUCAGGGUUAGGCAUUCCUGGGUUACUGGCACCGGUCAGCAUGGAUCCCGUCUGGGCUUUGAUGGUCAGCCUGGAAAGACCGUUAACGCAGACAACCUACACGGACCUCGACCCCUGCAUAAGCUGGCUCGGCGCAAACUUCAGCAAACCCGGUCGCCCCCAUCCGACAAACGGCUUUGCCUAUGUUGCCCACGCCAACUGUGACUGGAGUCGAAGACACUUAGAGGAUGACGCAGCGGAUGUUACUGAGAUGAUGCGGCAGACAUUGACGGACUGUGUUACUGAUUUCUCUGCCCCGAUGUUUAGCAGCGCUCACCGCUGGCAGUUUGCGUUAACACAAACACCGCUGGGGCAAUCGCAUCUGGCGCUGGAUAACCAUCUGAUUCUGGCUGGUGACUGGUGUCUCGGCGCAGAGGUUGAGGACGCUUUCACCAGCGGCACCCAGGCAGCGCUAAAGAUGACGCCACCAGAGCGUAGCAACGCGAAUAUCGGUGCGCAGCGCAAUAUGAUCCGUUUCAAUGCCCAGCGUCGCGAGACACUCCUGCACCACCAGGCCCACCGCGCUGCCGCCCCGCCACAGGCCGACGAUAAACGUUGGACGAAAGCCACUGGUAUAAAUCUGCUCACCAAGACGGUAGCCAUCCAGGAUCUGCUCAUCUUCAAAAAAUCCACGGGUAAAACAUCUACAUUGAGCGAAAAAACCUACCUCGACGCCCAGACCCUGCUGGAAGACUCUUUCCGCCUGGCAUCGCGCAUCUACGACAGCGGUUUCCGCCCCACCUUCAUUGUUGCCGUCUGGCGCGGCGGCGCACCCAUCGGCAUAGCGGUACAGGAAUAUUUUGCCUACCAGGGUGUCGACAGCGACCAUAUCUCAAUACGCACCAGCGCCUAUACCGGCAUCGACAAUCGUGCACGGACUGUUGCCGUGUAUGGCUUAAGCUAUCUGAUCAAAAAACUCACACGGGAAGACAGCCUGUUGAUUGUGGAUGACGUGUUUGACACGGGUCACACCAUUGCCGCCAUUAUCGACAACAUUGAAAAAAAGCAUCUACAACAUCAUUGGCAAACAUCUGGAAGCCCUGCAGAAACCGGACACCUAGUCAUGCACACCACCGACCAGCACAUCCUUAUUGAGGCGCUGCAGAAUCCGUCUCUGUUUGCACAUACAACGGAUGAUAUGGCGCUCAUCGAGACACACAUUUCCUGGGUCCUUUUAUGCGGCCCCUAUGCCUACAAAAUUAAAAAAGCGCUGGAUCUUGGCUUCCUUGAUUUUACAACCCUGGAGAAACGCGCCUUUUACUGCAGCGAAGAAUUGCGCUUGAACGGCAGACUGGCACCGCAGCUUUAUCUCGAGGUUGUACCGAUCUGCGGGAGCCCACAACACCCGCAGAUAAAGGGCAGCGGCGAAGCGAUAGAGUAUGCGGUGAAAAUGCGCCGCUUUUCCCAGGAAGGGCUGCUCAGCGAUAUGGUCCGCGAUGACCGCCUCACAAUGACCCAUAUCGACCAGAUCAUCGCUCAGGUGGCGCAGUUUCAUAUGGACAUUCCCACCGCGCCCCAGGCAAGCCCUUACGGCACACCACAGCACGUUCACGCCCCGGUACUGGAGAACUUUGCACACAUUCUGCAGGGCAACUGCUCACCGGCCCAUGUCCAGCAGGUUGGCGAGAUACAGACAUGGGCGGAAGGCGAAUACCAACGCUGGCUGCGACAAUUUGACGCACGCAAACAACAGGGCUUCAUUCGCGAGUGCCACGGCGAUAUGCACCUGGGCAACAUGGCGGUAAUUGAUGACCUGCCAGUGAUUUUCGACGGCAUCGAGUUCAAUCCCGAUCUGUAUUGGAUCGACGUCAUGUGUGAAAUCGGUUUUCUGCUGAUGGACCUCGAGGACUACGGCAAACCACAGCAUGCGUACCGCUUCCUGAACGGCUACCUGGAAGUCACCGGUGAUUAUGCAGGCGUCCAGGUGCUCACCUACUACAAGGCAUACCGCGCUGCCGUGCGCGCCAAGAUCGCCAGCAUACGCCUCUCACAGGAACUUACCGAAGCGGAGCAUGGUGAAGCGCUUGCACAUUUUGAACGCUAUCUGGCGCUUGCGGUGGGCUAUACACAGCCACAACACCCGAUCCUGCUCAUCACCCACGGCCUGUCCGGCAGCGGUAAAUCUACUCUGUCAGCACCGCUGGCUGAAUGCAUGGGUGCCAUCCGUAUUCGCUCUGACCGCGAGCGACAGCGCCUGUUUGGAAGAAGCUCAUCGAAUGACAAAACAACAAACAUCGACACUGGUAUCUAUGCGUCUGAUGCAAGCGCUCAGACGUAUCAGAGGUUAGCCGAAUUAGCCGGCGUCAUUCUAGCCGCGGGAUAUCCCGUGAUUAUUGAUGCCACGUUCCUCGAGAAAUCCCAGCGGGAUCAGUUCCAUGAGUUAGCAGAGGGAUUGUCCGUUCCGUUCCGACAUCUCCGAAGCCGACCUGGUUGUGCUCGAACAUCAGCUCGACACCUAUCAGCCCAUGGCGGCUGA